AUGUUUCCUGUACAUACACCUCCUACUAGUGAAUGGUUAUGUUCACAUGGUAUUCUUUCAUGGAAGUUUCCACCAUCUCUUGGUUCUUAUACAUUAAUUGGUCGUUCAAGAGCAGCUGAUGCUACUAGUUUAUACAUUCCUGAAUUAGAUAUAUUACUUGACUGUGGUUGUUUAGUAACAACUGCACAUCCUUCUAGUAUAUUUCUUACACAUACACAUUCUGAUCAUUGCCUUGAUAUUACUCGAUUAGUGAGUCGAAGCCGACCACCACAAAUCUAUCUUCCUAUUUCAGCAGUUCAAUCUAUGAAAGAUUAUAUUGAAAAAUGUCAGAUUCUUCGAUCAGCUGGUGCAAUUGAUCCUGAUCCAAAUCAAUGGACAACGAAUCAUCAAUUGAUUGGUGUUCAACCUGAUGAAUUAUUAUCAUUUCGAAAAACAAUGAAAAUUCGUAUAUUUGAUAUGGAUCAUUCCGUUCCUUGUUGUGGUUAUGGUUUUUAUGAAUGUCGACAAAAAUUAAAAAAAAAAUAUGAACAUUUAACAAGUAAAGAUAUUGCAAAUAUGAGACGAGAAAAUAAAAAUUUAGAAUUAACAGACGAAAGGUUAGCUCCAUUAUUUGCUUUUAUGGGUGAUACAACCGCAACAAUAUUUGAAAAAUAUUCUAAUGAAUUAUUUCAAUUUCGUUUAAUUAUUAUCGAAUGUUCAUUUAUUGAUUCUGAAAAACAUGGAGAACGAGCAUCUGAUGUCAAACAUGUUAUUUGGGAUGAUCUUUAUCCUAUUGUUCUACAACAUCCAGAAAUUACUUUUGUAUUAAUUCAUUUUUCACAGCAAUACAAAAGUGAACGAAUAAGAGAGUUUUUUCAAAAUUUAAAUUUACCUAAUGUUGUACCAUUUAUUUAA